GAGAGAGAGAGAGAGAUUUGACAAAAAGUUGGAAAAUUAAUUUGCAAAGAUUUAGUUUGUAGAAAGCACAAAAAAGUAAUGAUAAAGGAGAAUAUGAUAUGUUUUGCGUGUCUUGUUUUCUAAAUUCAGCAUCACAGUCACUCAUCACCUCAAUGUCACUCUCACUUUCACUUUCUUAUUCUUUAGUAGUACUAGUAUAUUUUAAUCUCAAAUGUGUAGUAACACUUACAACUUUUUCAUGGCAAAUGCAAUGCACUCUCACCACUUCAUGAAAGCCAUACUUCCCUCUCCCAUUCAUUCCAAACAACUCAGAAUUCCAGAUGAAUUCAUAUCAACAUUCGGCAAUCAACUCCAGAAUGUUGUUACUCUUACUGUUCCAGAUGGUCGCCAAUGGAAUAUACAACUCAACAAAUGCCACAACAAUGGCGUUUUCCUUACCAACAAAUGGAAACAGUUCUCUCAACACUAUUCUCUUCGUUAUGGUUACUAUUUAGAUUUCAACUAUCAAGGAAACUCUAACUUCAAUGUUGUUAUAUAUGAUACAACUUCCCUUGAGAUUUCAUAUCCACUCACUGCUUCCAAUGAAGGCAACCCUUCUUUUUGCUCUAAAUCCAUCAAGGGACGCUAUGCGUAUAUUAGUGCUGAUUUUGCUGCAAAAUAUCUCAAGCUAAAUGUUCCUAUCAAACUCCAAAAUUCUCAAGGAAAGCAAUGGCAAGUUUCUUGUUCAACACAGGUAGUGAAUUCAACAGCCAUGCGAUUAUCUGCUGGAUUCAGUAAAUUUGCAAAGGAAAAUAAUUUAUCAGAAGGAGUUACUUAUGUAUUUGAGCUGAUCAAAAAAGAGCCUGUUCUUGUGCUACUAGUUACAGCAUUUCACAAGACUCGCCGAGGAAGGCGUGUACUAUCGGCGAAGGAAGCGGAAGUUAUGGAAUUGAAGCAUUUUAAGAAGGCCAUACUUCCCUCGCCCAUUCAUGCCAAACAAAUAAGAAUUCCGAAUGAAUUUGUAACAAGAUUUGGGAAAGAAUUGGGGAACGUUGCUGAAAUUACUGUGCCAGAUGGUUCUGUUUGGGAAAUGAAACUUAAGAAACGGAACGAAAACAUUUUCUUAACCACCAAAUGGCAAGAGUUUGCAGAAUACUAUUCUAUAGAAUAUGGUUGCUACCUGUCAUUCAAAUAUGAAGGGGAUUCUAAGUUUAGUGUUGUUAUAUUUGAUGCAACUUCUGUUGAGAUAUGCUAUCCACUCAAAACUCCAUGUACUAAUGAAGAACAGAACAAAAGGUGUGUUACUGAUAGGAAAAUGUCUGAGGCUGAAACAAUUGAGAGUCAUGGGAAACAUGUCAAAAGCAUGUAUGAACAUGCUUACGAAAGAGCUGAGGUUGCUGCCAAUGAAUACAAUCCAAAAAACCCUUUUUUUCGAUCAAAAGUCUGUAAAGGAAGAUAUCCGUACGCUCCUUCUGAUUUUGCUAAAAAGUAUCUGAAGCCAGAUGUUCCUAUCAAGCUUCAAAAUGCUGAUGGUGAGCAAUGGGAAGUUUGUUGUGCAUUCAAUAUGUCAAACUCAAUGGCAAUGCGAAUAGUGAAGGGAUAUUGUGAGUUUCAUACAAACAACAACCUGUCAGAGGGAGAUCAUUGUGUGUUUGAGGUGAUCAAGGAGAUGCCGGUUGUGCUAAAAGUCACAAUAUUUCGCACGGUUGACUUUGCUGAUUAACAACUUGUUUAUGCUCUUUACUGUGAUGAAUGAGGCAUGAGAUGUUGCAUGCUACAUGUGGUUUUGGUAUUUGAUAGUUUAAAUGGAUUGCACCAACUUGUAAUAGGCACUUAAUGUAUUCUUCUAUGUUUGAUUGCUUUAAUGGUGAUUUUGCUUUUUGGAUCAUGAAGCAUUGUAAAAGAUUAGAACCCUAUCAG